UGUGACGUUAAAACAUAACAGAGAUAUUUAUUUGUUCUUUGUUUUUUUUAUUCACCAUGUUUAUUUCGCAAUAACAAUACUUGGAAGAAUAAUAAAGAUUUAUAUUGAUGAUGCUGAUGUGACACUUUAAACAGCUGAACAAUAAUAAUAAUAAUAAUUGUUGCAUAUUCAUUGGUGGUGUUCAAUGUUGUGAGUUAUUGUUAUAAGUAGGAUAAAAAUUCAAGUGCGUAAUAAUAAUUACUUGUUAGUGAAUAAAUACAAAUAAUAAAUAAAUAAAUAUGGGAUCUUCAAGACCUCCAGACAGAUCUCUAGGCAGUGGAAUAUCAUUUCCACAGUGGAUGAAAGGAAAAGUUGAUAGUAGGUUCGACUUCGACCAAAGUACAUUCAGUCCACCGUCUCACGACGACAGUUUUUUCUACAUAAGCUACAAUAAAUUGGGAUCCAAACAAUCAACCUCAUCUUCAUCAGCCGAACCUCAGGAAGGCUUUCAGUCUAUUAAUUCUGUUUUGAGUGAAAAUCCAGUUGCUGUUAAAGCAGCGGCAAAUAUUCCGGUUAAACAUGCCAACAUUGACCUGAGCAAGCAUCCAAUCGCCUGUCAACAGUCUUUUACUUCUGCGUUCAAGGGUGAAGAAUCAUCAAAAUUAACCAGCAAAUUCCAGCAAGGUGAUGAAUUUGAAAACAGCACAGUUGGUCUCUGUGGAAAGUCAAUUGUCAGCGUAGCUAACCGCAUAAUGUCAUCUUCAUCAUCACUGACUCGAAAAAUCACCAACGACCCGAGUCAAGAUGAGUCGGGUAACUUCGCCAGCAUUAGAGCGUCAGCUGGCGAGAUCGCGAAAAGACGUGGCAGCAGAUCUCUGCCAGUCAGUCCGAUAAGUUCUCCGAUUUCAACUCCAGACAGUUCUCCCAAGUCACGAAGACGAGUUAUUCAGAAUAGAUUCUUUACUGGUGGCUUGGUUGAAAAGCCGCCGACCAAUCACGGCUGGUUCUUGUCCAGUAUCUUGAACCAGUCCCGAGAUAUUCUUGGUCAGAAUAGGAUCAAUGAAGAAGAGGAGGAUGUUGGUGAGACGAGUGUCGCUAAAUUACCACCGGUGAGAUCUUUAAGCAGAAAGAAGUCCAUUUCUUCACAGAAUCUUACAUACUUGGGCGCCAUUUCUGCUGAAGAGAGUAAAAAAGGAAGGGAUGCUGAGGGAUCUUCGGUUAUGGCCAGUGUACAGAAUAUCUUUCAGCCGGAUACUUCUGAGAUGAGGGAAAUGAAUUUCUUGUCUCCGACUUCGAUGUAAUUUAGGAUUAUUUUAUUUUAUUUAUUAUUGGGUAGUUUUAUUUUAUGGUAAUUAUGAUGGAGUGGAGAUUUUUUUAUUUCAUUAUUAUUAUUU